AUGUCCAACAAAAAGACACGGAUUAUUGGAGUGGGGGAUUUAACGACGACGACGGGCGAUAAUGAUCAGGUCAGUUCAGUUAGUAAAUCUGAAUUGACGGAAAUGUCCGUAACUACUAUAGAAAUAACGAGACUGCCACGUAAAGAUUUUCAAACAUUGGCUGCUUUGCACCAUCGCACCGACGACGGCAUUCAUGUCCCACGGCAGAUGAAGUUAGAGGUCAUCUUCACAUCACUAGAUCAAUAUAUUAUAAAAGAUGUUCGCACAAACUUGAAACAAACAAUUCUUCGGCUUCGUCGGGGUAAGGAGGAAUUCACCAAGGGCGAGGACUACACCUUAAAGGCAUAA